UAUUCCUUUAUUUAUUUAUUUUGUAUUUCAGAGUCCCUUAAAAAAAAUAAUAAAACGUUAUGAUUAUUCAUAUUUUAAGCUAAACACCAUUACACAAAAACUAGAAAUCGAAAUCACAGACAUAAUUGAACAACAAGAGGAAGAAGAACCUUGUGAGUUUGAAUAUUUCCCUCUUUAUCAGAAACCCUUGAUGCCUUGAUCAUAAACAAACAAGGGUUUCUCAAAAACGAUUUUUUUUCUCCUUUUCACCUUUUUCCUUUACUCAACAACUCAACGUCGCCGGAACAGAGCUCCUCUCCGCACCGCCGUGAGCGUGAAAUGAAGUCUUCUUCGGAUGAUGAACACGACGAAGAGAAUGGAAAGUUAUUGGAGAAGAGCAAAGAGAGAGGUUCAAGAAAUGGAAGGGUUGUUAAAGUACAUAAUCAAGCUUUAUUAUCUGGACUCGCUUAUUGUCUUUCCUCUUGUGGCAUGAUUUUAGUUAACAAAAUUGUACUUUCUACUUAUGAUUUUAAUGCUGGAAUUUCUUUGAUGGUUUAUCAGAAUUUGAUUUCGGUGAUUAUUGUUUCUGUGUUGAGCCUUUUGGGUUUAAUCUCAACUGAACCACUCUCAUGGAGAUUGAUUAGAGUCUGGUUUCCUGUCAAUGUUAUAUUUGUUGGAAUGCUAAUUACAAGCAUGUUUAGUUUGAAAUACAUUAAUGUAGCUAUGGUGACAGUCUUGAAGAAUGUUACUAAUGUCAUAACCGCCGUUGGUGAAAUGUACUUGUUUAAGAAGCAGCACGAAGGCAGAGUCUGGGCUGCUCUAUUUCUAAUGAUCAUUUCAGCAAUAACUGGAGGGAUUACUGAUCUCUCUUUCAAUGCAACUGGCUAUAUGUGGCAGACACUAAACUGUUUCUUAACUGCAUCAUAUUCUCUGACCCUACGAAGGGUCAUGGAUACGGCAAAGCAAUAUACUAAAUCUGGAAAUUUAAAUGAGUUUUCGAUGGUCUUGUUGAACAAUACUCUUUCUUUGCCUUUGGGAAUUUUUCUGAUUCUUGUUUUCAGUGAGGUGGAUUAUCUUUUAAGCACGCCUCUUCUGAGAUUGCCUAGCUUUUGGCUAGUGAUGACAUUCAGCGGAAUUUUGGGCCUAGCAAUUAGCUUCACAUCGAUGUGGUUUCUUCAUCAGACAGGGGCUACAACUUACAGUCUUGUAGGUUCGUUGAAUAAGAUACCACUUUCGAUUGCGGGCAUCUUUCUGUUUAAAGUUCCUACUAGUUUGGAAAACUCUGCGAGCAUUUUAUUUGGUCUUUUGGCAGGCGUACUUUUUGCGAGAGCCAAAAUCCGUGAGAGAUCUCAAUCUUGAAGAGCAGUAUAAGGAAUUUAUCUCAGCUACAAAGAUAGAAGUUCAAUCUUGGAUUUUGAGGUGUCAUCAAAGAGAUGAUGAUAUCAGUUAAACUAACUUUCCCACCCUUGAAAAGAUGCGAUUGGUGCGAGUUCGUGAUUACUUCUCUCUGAGUGAGUUUUUGAAUCUAAAGGGGAAGAGUUGCUUGGAUUACAUUGAUUGCAGCACUGGAAGAAAUAUUUGUGUCUAACCUUAUUCAUGUAUCUUGCCACUUUUUGUCCUCAUGUAUCACUAAACAAUUUAUUUAAAGCUACAAUUCUCAUGGAAAUGAAAAAAAAGUGCAUCUUGCAUCUUCACACAA